CAUUGGCAUGGCCUCGCCCAGGCAGCAGCCCCCUUUUCCGAUGGCUCCCCCAUGGCAAGCCAGUGGCCGAUCCCGCCGCAGCACUAUUUCGACUACGAGCUCAAGACGCCUCGGGGCACGGCCGGGACCUACUUCUACCACUCGCACGUCGGAUUCGCGACGGGCACGGCAAAUGGGCCUCUGAUUGUCGACGAUGAUUCAGACUCGAAGCCGUACCCCGUGGAUGGGGAUCGCAUCAUCCAUAUCCACGAGCUGUUCAACCAGACGGAUCACACCAUCGCCGAGGGCCUGCGGGCGACGCCGUUUGUGUGGUCCGGCGAGCCGGGCGGGUUCCUCGUCAACGGCAACACGAUAUCGGACUAUCCCAUUGUCGACCGCGCCUCCGCCAAGCUGUCCGUCAUCGAGGUCGACCCGGGCAAGCUGUACCGGUUCCGGAUCAUCGGCGCCACGGCGCUCUCGUACGCGGCCUUUGCCUUCCAGAACCACAGCGACAUGCGCAUCAUCGAGGCCGACGGCCACUACACCAAGCCGCAUGAGACGACGCUGAUGCAGGUCGGCUCCGGCCAGCGCUUCAGCCUGCUGUUCCGCGCAAAGUCGUGCGCCGAGCUCGAGGCGCUCCGCAAGCUCGACUUUUACCUGCAGCUCGAGACGCGCGACCGGCCCACGAGCGUCGUCAGCUACGCCGUGCUGCGCUACCGCAACACCUGCGCCAACAUGAGGCAUCGCCACCUCCACGACCUGCGCGUGCCGACGACGGCGCUGCCCCGGGUCCGGCCCCUGGACCUGCCGCCCACCGUUGAGGGCUUCCUCGACUACCAGCUGCGGCCGCUGCACCCAAACGACUUCCCGGCCGAUUCCGAGGUCAGCCGCCGCAUCUUUGUCAGCUCCCAGCAGCGCAUCGACGGGUACUUCCUGUGGACGGACAACAGCGUCUCCUGGACCGACGACUACUUCCAGCGGUCGCCCUUCAUCAGCCCGGACGAGCCCUACCUGGUGUCUCUGUACAAG